AUGGCGACCGACGGGGCACCAGGCUUCCAGGCAUAUGCGCAUCUCCUUGAUGCGCGCCUGCUGCGCGCUCUCGCGGAGCUCAAGUACAGCAUUCCCACUCCUGUGCAACGGGCAAGUCUCGAGCAGAGCUUGGGAGGCAGCUCGCGCGAUAUUGUUGCGCGCGCUCGCACGGGCAGUGGCAAGACACUUGCAUACGGCCUGCCUAUCCUGCAAAAGAUUCUCGCGGAGAAGGAGAGCUUGGCACGCUCUGAUCCAGCAUAUGUAGGCACACGCGCACUCGUGCUUGUGCCGACACGCGAGCUGGCUGAACAGGUGCAUCGCCAGCUGGGCGCCGUGCUCACAUACUGUCGUGACGUGGUGCAGGUGGCGAAUGUCGCACGCGCGGUCAGCACCAGCGUGCAAAAGCUGCUGCUUUCUGAGAAGCCAGACGUCGUCGUUGCGACGCCUGCUCGUGCGCUUGCAUGCUUGCAGGCCGGCGACCUCUCACUGCAGACGAGCUUGCAGUCGCUUGUCAUCGACGAGGCCGACCUCAUCCUGUCGUACGGACACGACGCCGAGGUGCAGGCAAUUGUGCGUGAGGGCUUCCUCGCUCGUGCACACCAGACGUUCCUUACGAGUGCGACGCUCAGCGACGAUACGAGUGCGCUGCGCGGCCUGGUGCUGCGCGACCCGGUAGUGCUGCGUCUCGAGAACGACACGUCGCUCGCUAAUCACCUGUCGCAGUACUAUGUCGAGACAUCAGAGGAGCAAAAAUUCCUUCUAGUCUAUGUUAUACUCAAGCUGCGGCUCAUCCGGGGCAAGUGCCUACUGUUUGUCAAUGAUAUUGACCGCGGCUACCGCCUCAAGCUUUUCCUCGAGCAGUUUGGGCUGCGCACGUGUGUGCUCAACGAGGAGCUGCCGGUAAACAGCCGCUUCCACAUGGUGGAGGAGUUCAAUAAGGGCAAGUACGACUAUAUCAUUGCGACGGAUGCGCAUGACGCCGACGAACGCCGCUCAGGCGAUGCCGGCUCGCGCGAAUACGGCGUAUCGCGCGGCAUUGACUUUGUCGCUGUGGCGUGCGUGAUCAACUUUGACCUCCCGACCUCCGUGCAAGCCUAUACACAUCGCAUCGGGCGUACAGCGCGGGCGGGCCAUACCGGUACUGCGCUCAGCUUCGUCGUGCCGCGUCACGAGUAUGGCCAGAAGAAGUCGCUUUCAUGCCCUACCUGCAAGAAGGACGAGGAGGUAUGGGCGCUUAUCCAGGAAGAUCAACGCAAAUCCGGCUUAGUUGGCGCAGCAGGCAUCCAGGCAUGGCGCUACGAUGAGGAUCAGGUCAAUGCGUUCCGCUACCGCAUGAACGACGCGUUGCGCAGCGUGACGAAGGCGGCCAUCAAGGAGGCGCGUAUCCAGGAGAUCAAGACCGAGAUUCUGAAUAGCAAGGCCCUUCAAGCUCACUUUGAGGCAAACCCACGCGACCUCGAGUAUCUUCGCCACGAUCGCGCCUUGCACCCUGCGCGCGUACAGGCACACAUGAAGCAUGUGCCGACGUACCUGCGGCCACGUAUCGCUGCAAUGCCAGGUCAGACCGCGCCCGCCGAGCCGCGCGUGGGUUAUGUCCCGAAGAACAAGCCAGGUCGCCGCACACGCAAGGAUACGCGAUCCAAGCCUGCCCGCAAGAAGCGCGAUCCCCUGCGCACCUUUUCAUAG